AGUUUCCAAGGUGAUCAAAACAAAGCAAGAAGUCAGCUGAGGAGACUUAAAAAGAAUUCUUUUAAAAAAUGCAAGCGAUUAAUGAUCCUGAAAAAUUGAUCUUCGUCGCUCUUGCUGAGACUGAUGGAGGACUCGAGAAGAGGAUCUUUCUACAUUUCUACUGCCACGAUAAUUCUAUUGAAAUGAUAGACGAAAAAACACGAAAGCCCUUCCUGAGACGCAUCAGAGUAGAUCAUUUGACCAAGAAGGACUUCUACGUGGGAUCCAGGCUUCUUAUUUUCGGUAGAAAUAUCAACAUUAUCGACUACGGGGAUUCAAAGACCAAAAAGGAGCUAAGCCCACGAAUGGAGAGAACUUUUGUGCUGCUAAAAUGGAAAUCUCUGACCAAACUUGAUGCAAUUUGGUGUGAGAUCCUCCGGGAGGAUUUUCAAAUUGUCAACUGCCAGAUGAUGAAGCUGAAACCCGAAGAUGCCGUGAAGAUACACGGAAAUGAGGUGGAUUCAACAAAACUCUCAGAUUUGAUCACAAGCACCAUCGAAGGUGCAUCCAUAGGAAUGGAGAUUGUGUCCAGGAAUGCAGUUCAGAGAAUGCAGGAAUUGUGUUCUGAAAAUUUCCCAGAUUUUCCCAUCUACACCUCCCCAGACAUCUCUAGUGCUUCCCGGGACAUUGAUUACUUCUUCUGUGCCCAGAAAUUCCCCUCAACAGCAGUAUUUACCAACACCACGCUGGCUAUUGUGAAGCCACAUGCCUUUCGGAGUGGAAAGACUGGAGAAAUUCUCAAGGAAAUUCUCUCAAAUGAUCUCCGAGUGACUGCCAUGAAACUCAUCCACAUGGGCAGGAAGAAUUGUGAGGAUUUCCUCCAAGUCUACCGUGGAGUAGCUCCAGAGUACAACCAAAUGGUUCCGGAGCUCUCAAGUGGCCCAAGUCUCAUCAUGGAAAUCUCCUCGGGUACUUCGGGGGAUGCUCACGACACGCUUCGACGCCUCUGUGGCCCCUUUGACCCCGAAAUAGCCCAAAAAUUGAGACCUCAAACCAUUCGGGCCAAGUUCGGGUGCGACAAAGCUCUCAAUGCCAUUCAUUGCACAGAUUUACCGGAGGAUUGUGCGUCAGAGGUGGACUUUUUCUUUGGGAACUAAUGGACGGGGCUCAUGUGUCGUUUUUCCCACAUAUUUUUGGACAAUUUGGCGAGCAAAAAUUCCUAAUGGGAAGGUUUAUCAGUUUAGAAUUUGGAGAUUUAACUGACCUACAUAUUUAUUUUGUAAUUUAAUGGCCAAAGACUAAAUAAAUUCUAAAUAAAAUUCUUAUAUUUUUUCAAUUAGGAGAGGGAGGUUUUUAAUUAGUCUGGAUCUAGGGUUUAAUUUAUUGAUUUGUAGAUCAUUAUCUUUUAUUUUCUCUGAAUAUUAAAAAUAAUUCAGAUCAUUCAAAUAGCUUUGAAACGAUUGAAAUACUUAAUUUAAUUAUUAUUAUAUGAUUUUUACAGACUUGCUCAAUUAAACUGCUUACAAUAACAUUUUAAACAAAUAUUUACCUAAUUUUUCAUUCAGUUUUUACAUUGAAUGAGUUUUAUUAUCCAGAAACUGUUUACCCUUUAUAUUGAUGAAAAAUUAAUUAACGCUUUAAGGUCCAUUGGAUCAUACGCUGACCCAAAGGCUCGAUUUUGAAAAUGUUUCAUUUUGUUUAGUUAUUUUAUGAAUAUUAAGUACUAAUUAGUACAGUAUGUCUUUAAAAUCCCUGUUCAUUUUAUGAUCACAAAAGGAUAUCCCCAACGACUCAAAGGAUCACGAAGGACGAAAAACGGAAAAUUUUUUAGUUGUGUUUUUUUUGUCAAAAAUGUCUUAUUUGAGCUCAAAAGCACCCAUAAAAAUUAUUUUUAGUUCAAUCAGCUCGCUAGAUUGAUCCCGGACCUUAAAGGGUUUAAAGAGACAAAUUCUUAUCAAUUUGUUUUUAUUGCAAAUUAAUUAAGAAAUUAUACGUUUCAAA